AUGUCAUCAAGUUUAUCAAGAUCAAAACUAUUUAAACUGAAUAAAAAUUUAAAAAAUGUUAAAAAUUUAAUAAUAUCAGGUCCAAUUGAUAAAAAAGAUUUAUAUAUUUUACAAAAUCAACAAAAUCAAAAUAAUCAUAAUCAUAAUCAAUUUUUUAAUCAUCUUCAUCCUAAUCAUCAUCAUCAACAAGAACAACAACAAAAACCAAGAUCAUACAAUAAUGAAAAUCAUAUAAUUUUAAUAGCCAAAUACUCAUUUCAGGCUACUACAAAUGAUGAAUUAAGUAUAUUACCUAAAAAAUUUUAUAAAUUAAUUAAAAAAAUUGGUAAUGGUUGGUUAUUAGUUUGUGAAAUUGAAAACAAUUCUAAAAAAGGUUUAGUUCCUGCUUCAUAUAUGGAAAUUGGAAUAAAUGAUUUAAUUAAUCCAAUAACUUUAGAUUGGUUACAUCAAUAUAAAUUACAACCACUACCACAACAAGAAAUUAAUAAUCUUGAAUCAGAAUCAUCACCCACUAAACUGUUUGAUUUACCUAUAGAUUGUUUAAUUGAUGAAAUUUAUCAAGAUUUAAAUACUAAAAAAAUAUGGUUUUGUAUAAAAUUUCAAUAUGAUACUAAAAUAAUUUAUAUAAAUCGAGAUUUUUCAGAAUUAGAAACAUUUAAUAAUAGCUUGAAACAUUUAAAUGAUUUAAAUUUAAAAUUUCCUGAAAUUGUUUCAAAUUUUUCAAAAUUAAAUUCCAAUAUUAUUAAACAAUUUAAAAUCUUAUGUAUAAAUUUACAUUAUUAUUUUGAAUAUAUUAUACAAAAUCUUAAUCACAAUACAAUACGAUAUCAAUUAAAUCAAUUAAUAUACAAAACUGGGAAAUAUAUAGAAAUAUUUAAUGAUGAUGAAAAUUCUUCAUAUUUAAUUUCAAAAUUAUCUUCAAAUUCAAUACUAAUAGAUAAGAUUAAUUUCAAUAAUUAUAGUAAUGAAUCAUCAUUCUUAACAUCAUCACCAACCACAACCUCAAAUUUUUAUUUUAAUACAGAAUCAUUACAAAAUUCAGAUUCAAAUUUAUCAUCAUCUUUACCACAACCAUCAUUUAUACAACAAAGAUCAUUUUCAACUUCAAGUGUACCUGUUAAAACCAAUCCAUUUAAUAGUCCAAUACAACCUACUACUACUAGUACUCAAGAGUCACCAAAAUCAUUGAAAUCAAGAACUUCAUUAUCUUCACCAACAAAACAAUCUAGAGCAUCACCAAGAUCGAGAUCACGAUCAUCUUCAGUAUCUAGCUCAAGAGUAUUUAAAAUACCAGAUCAAUUGACAUUUGAGGAUAAAGAGGAAAUACCAAAUACAAACUACACCCUCUCACCAACUAAAAAUUCACAGCAACAACAAUCACACCUCAAAUUCCCAGAAUCAAUAAGUUCAAACACUUUAAUGAGUUAUACUUCAUUAAUUGAUGGGUAUGAAGAUACUUCAAUAUUAGAAGAAGAAGAUCAAUUUGAUUUUAGUCAAAACAUUCAAGAAGAACAAGAAAAAGAACCACAAGAGGAAUCACAAGAAGAACGAAACUCCGACCAACCAAACGAAGAACAAUUCAAAACUCUCAUAAAUCAAAUAUCAGAUUUACAAAUUCAAUCAAAUUUAAAUGAAGAUCCACAAUUGAACGAAAUUGAAAAAGAAAUUCAUAGAACAACAACUAGUAAUAUAAAUAGGAGUUCUAAAAGAACAGAUUCAACUUCAAGUUCAACAAUGAGUUCAAAUAAUAUAUCAAUGGAAACUAAAGCUUCUUCAAUUGAUUCAAGUUUUAAUCAAAAUAAACUGGUAAUAGAAAAAUCAUUAUCACCACUUAAAACUCAAAUAUUACAAGAUUAUGAUUAUAAAGUCAAAAAUGUUGAAGAAAAUGAAAAAAUUGAAGAGGUAAGUCAAGAAAAAUUGGAAAAAGAAGAACAACAACCAGAAGAAGUUAGUACAACAAUUCCAAAUUCAACAAUUUCAACAAAUAAAAUAAGAUCAAUCUCAACACCAACUACCCCCUUACUUGAUCAAAACAACAACAAUACAUUACCUUCAACAACAACUACAAAAUCUCAUAACUCUUUCCCAAACUCAUUUCAAACAAUAUCAACAUCAACAAAUACCUCACCAAUUAUUCCCAAAACUCCAAAAUCGAAUUUUUUCACUAAUGUAACUCCACCAUUGUCUCAAUCAAAAUUUGAACAAUCAAUUAAAUCACCUACAUACAAUUCAAAAUCACAAAGAGAUACUACUUCUAGUUCCGAAAAUAAAUCAAAUCAUUUAAAAUUAAAAAUCCAUUUAAAGAAUAAUUCAAAUGAUAUAAUAAAAUUAAAAAUUGAUAAAUCAAAACUUCAAACAUUAUCAAAUUUAAAAGAAAUAUUAAGUUUUAAAAUUUAUAAAGAUUUUAAAUUAAUUAAUCAUUAUGAUUUAUUUUUGUUGGAUGAUGAUACAAGUAAGCAUUUUUUACAAGAUUCUGAUGAUGAUGGUAGUAAUAAUAACAAUGAACAAAAAUUAAUUGAGAUUUUAAAAAAAGUUGAUAAAUGUAAUUUAAAAUUAGUUAGGAAAUUAAGAGAGUAA